AAAAUGCCAAAUUUGACUCAAUAAUGUAGCUAAAUCCCAAAUUUGAAUAUGCUCACACAAUUUUUUUUUAAUACCUAUCUAUCGUUUAUAUUUUUAUUUGUUUUUAUAAUUUGAUCUUGGUUUAUUUCAAAUACACAAAAAAAAUCUAAAAUAAUUGAAAGGUUUUACUGGGUUUUACUUUUAAAAUGGCGUUUUCAACUAUAGCCGCCCUUCAAUGUAAUUUACAACAAAGUUUAACACACUGCAAAGAACUUGUCUUAGCAAUAGAGCAGUUAAGUAAUGAUUCAAACAGCUAUAAAACUCAAUUCAUGGAGCUAAAAGCGAAAUGUGACAGUAAUACUUGUAGCAGUUCUGAAAUACUCAAGAAAGUCAUUGCCUCAAAGGAUAAAAUCAUACAGUCUGUUGCAUCAGCAUUGACCACAUUAAGUGAAACCAAAAAUUUUAAGAUUUUGAAUGAGAUAUUCAAAAUACUUUGUGGAGAAAUAGCUGCCUUAACCCCACCAAGUGAAGGAGGAUCAGUUAAUGUUAAAAAGGAACCAGAGUCUCAGGUAUACAGCCCUGAGAUUGAAGAAGCAAAGUUAGUUGAUAAUUCAUUUAAAGAGGAGUCUCUUGUGGAGAUAGAGGGUACACCAACUGGUCGUAAAAGUCCUAUAAUACAUACUCGUAAACUCAAUACCAUAGUGAAUAAAACAAAUUCGUCAGACUAUAGAGAUAAAAAAAAAUGUCCAGAUAAUUGGCAUACUCCGGAGAAGAAAAGCAUAAAACUUCUCAUUCAUACGCCAACUAGUAACAAAACUAAUGGUAGGUGGAAACAGUCUCGCCUGACGUUAACUACACUGAAACAAUGCAAUACUGUGGACCUCACUAGUUCUCCAGAGUUCUCUGGCGGUAGCAGAGUGAAAAGCGAUACUAAAUGCAAUGUACAGACUCUUAUUAAAAAAGAAUCAAUUGAAGGUGAUGAUACCAUUCUGCCCUCACCAACAAGCGGACCAACUGACUAUACAGCUUUAUAUAAAAUAACUUCUAAAACUAGUCAAACAAAAUUCAAAACACCAUUGUCACUUGUACGGGACAAAUCCGAAAAGAAAUCAGAACAAUGGAAUGUAGAAAAUCAUUUGGCUAACAACUCUGAUGCAACUAAUAUUGAGAAUUCAAUUAAUUUAUUGCAGCCUAAUAGGACGCCAAAUAAAUCUAAACGAAGGUCACCAAAGUCCAAAUUUGAGGAUGAAGACAUAACACAUUGUGAAACAAAUGAUAGUAUAUCACUUCUAGAACACUUGAAUAAAUUAGAAGGAAACCAAGAGAAUAUGAAGCGUAAUAUGCAGUGCAGUCCUCAAAAAAGACCAUUAGCUGAGAAUAAAAAUUUGUUAAAUACACCAGAAAAGGACGGACAUAUAGAUUCCAGCAUGUCUUUACUACAGUCGGAGAUUAAACUGCCAAAAAUCGGCUCAUUUCAAGACCAAGUUAAAAGAAAAACACCAGAUCUGGUAAAACCAAUAUAUAAGGAGCCGACUGUAAGAAAAAAAGCUGAAAAACUCGCUUUGCCAGGCUGGAGUUGCAACGAAUGCAGAGACUUCUACGACGAACUGUACAGAGAUAACCCUGAAAUGCUAGCUAAGAAAAUGGAUGAAUGCUCUAAACAUCGCGGACGGAACAACCCUGCCCGUCCGAAAACACCCACCGGGUUCUGGAACCCGAGGUGGGAUGUACCUGAAGACACCGAAGAAUUCAACAGGAGGAACAAUGCUGCUUGAUACGAAACAUCUCAGGACAAGGUUUUUGAAAGUGAACCGAGUAGAGGAAGUAAUAUAAAAUAAAUAUAAUUAAAUUGUUAGCAAAAACACAGCUCAUAUAACACAGGGGUGGUCAACAGGUCGAUCGACUAUUAGUCCAGUAGAUCGUGGCAAGGCAAAAAAUAUAAAUACGAAGACAAUCUGGUCUACGUAACGUAAUCGUAGAAAAGGUUGGCAAUUUCCAACUACAAACUUGAUUACGCUAAACUAGUGGAAGAUGCUCAGACGCAAUACACUAAUAUAUAGAUAAAUAAUUACCUAGUUACUAAGAAUAAUUUUCACAUUUAUGUUUUCUCAAUAAAAUAAAAAAAUACUACAUGAUUGUGUACUGAACUAUGCUGUUUCGUUUAAGAUUUGAAUAUGGAUGUAAUUGGUAGAUCGCACAGGGUUUCUAUAGUAAACAGGAGAUCUUGAUCUAAUCUAGUUGGCCAUAUCCCUGAUAUAAUAGAUAUGAUCUGUGUUUUUGCUAACAAUUUAAUUUUGGUUUAAAAAUUAAACUAGUUGUCCCAUUUUGAUUUUUAAUUUCUAUGGAACCAAACUUAAGGUAUAACCAUUAAAAUAUUUAAUUGUAAGAAUUUUCCAAGUCAAAUUUAAUUCUUAUGAAGCAGUUCCGAUUUUCUUUUGUAAAAGUUAUGGAGCUCUCGACCCCCUUCUUUAAGGCGGUUAAAUUAUGUAACUUUGUGUCUUUGAGUGGAGGAUGCAUGAAGCUGAACCUUUCGUUAGAUAAUAAUUGAGUGUGACUUUAAAAAGGUUAAUUGUAGUAGUCUUGUCUAGAACUAGCUGCUUGUAAAACAAAAAUGUGGUUCUUUAAUAAAUAAUUAAUCGAAGAUUUUUAUGAAUAUCUGAUAAUUAGCUUAUAAAUCAAGUGUUGAUUUUUCUUGUACUAAAUAUUACCAUCUAAAUACGGUGAAAAAUGUAGGAAUUGUAUUCUGUUUUUGCAUGUGUGUUAUACAUCAAUACCAGUUGUAUGUUUAAAUCAUUGUUAAUGUCUCUUAGUUUAUAUAAAUAUAAAAAUAUUGUAUGAGGUACCGAAAAAAUCUCAUCCGAUCUCUUCGAUCUGGAAUCUCGGAUACCAUUUCAACGAAGAUCAAAAAUAAAUUGUUUAAGCCGAGUUUCGAAC